AGAAAAAUUCCCCUUGAUCUUCCCAGUGUUUACGAUUGCUAAGUUUCUAGGCUGUAUAUUGUCCUUCUAUUAUUUUCUCUUGAGAAAAAACCAGCUGGGCUGGAGAGAUGGCUCAGCGGUUAAGAGUACCGACUGCUCUUCCAAAGGUCAUGAGUUCAAAUCCCAGCAACCACAUGAUGGCACACAGACCAUCUGUGAUGAGAUCUGACUCCCUCUUCUGGAGUGUCUGAAGACAGCUACAGUGUAGUUACAUAUAAUAAAUAAACCUUUAAAAAAAGAAAAAAAAGAAAAAAGGAAAAACCAGCCACCUACCUGUCUCCAUCACUCAAAGAUGAUGCCAAGUUAUUUCAUUCUUGUACCUUUGAUCCUCUUUGUUUUAAACAGUCUGUUCCUCACUGAUUCUCCUAAGAGGAAGCUUUUCCUUAGCGACAGCUCUAAACAAGAAAAGCAGCAGAGUUACUCAAGAAAGCACUCGCUCAUUUCCACCUGAGCUUAAGGCUGGAUUGACAUCCAUCACCUCACAAUCCAUCAGCUAAGGCUAGCCUUGAACUUCUGAUCCUAGAGCAUCCACCUGUCCGGUGCUGAAACUACAGCCAAGAAACCUGGAGGUUCAUGAGAGAGAUGGAGCAGGAACUCUUCUCUACAGGUUGGAACCUGACCUGCUCUGGUUUCAUCAAUCCUAUCUGAUUCCUGCAUGACCGGCAGAAGGGAGAAAGUUUGAUUGUAACAGUACCUGAUGAUGCUUUGUAAGGAUUGGAGGCCUCGGAGAACCCUUCAGCCAAAUUCUUGGCAUAAACACUGCUGUGUCUGAUCAUAGUGAUUGUUGAACCAUCAGGUGUCAUUCAGCCACUGGGCCCCUCUGACUUGAGGCCAUGGGGCCCUGAGAACCACAGAUUGGGAAGAGAAAACUAUUAAGCACCUACUGUAUCAGGAAUGGAGUUGUUAGGAAUUAGGGCUCACUGCUUUGAUUCCUGCCCUAAAGAAAAGAAAGAGUGUGGCCGUGGAGGAUGGACUUGCUGUGGAUAUGUUGGCAAUGACAGGCUUUCUAGGAUGGAGGGGAAAGGAAACCGGUAGAGGUGAAUUUAUAUGAAGCUUCCGUAAGGUGCAAGGUGUGUUGUAAUACUCACUUGUGGAAGGAUGCUCAGCUCCAUUAUGAGGAGCUGGUGUUGAGGGGCUAAGUCAUAUCAGCAAGAAAAAGCAGGGACAGGAACUAGGAGGUGCAAAAAACCAGGACUCUUCACUUGAAAAGGAAGAUGCGGCCUAGUCCACAGUGCAUCGAUGAGGGAAAGGGGCCCCAAGAAGAAGCCAGCUCGGAGGUCCAGGGAUGACCUGAGGAAGGUGUUUGAAUGACAAAUCGAGGCUGUCGCUUUCGCCCUGAGGACUAGAGAAACAAGGCCCAGGUUCAGACGCGUGGCUGAGUAAAGUCUUUAUAACCUUCCCCAAGCACUAUUUACUUAGCUGGCUUGACAGAAAAUCCAGCAGGUGGGGGAGGAGCCAAUCUGGGCCCCGCCCCCAACCAUUGUGUCGGGGAGGAUGGUGAAUGAGAGGCCAGAUUCUGGCCAAUCAGGAUGAAGUAUGUAAAUGAGCAUACUGGGAUGCUGCGGGGUUAGGAUUCCAGUGUACUGUGCGGUAGAGCUUUAAAGGGUGCUGAAUGAGCGAACCCCUAGAAGCACAGCAGAGACUCUGGUAAGCAGUUGCGGGCUCCAGGGUGCCUGUGGUCUGAAAGAAGGAAGUCUGAACACACACUUCGACCCAGACACAGUUGCAAACAAAAGGCAACGACUUGGGAGUGUCCGCAGAUGAGUGACUGGUCCAAAUAGGGAGAGUUGGGAAGUCUGAAAGACAAGUACAGGGAAUGGGGGACCCGUGGAGGCCUGGACCUACCUUUACUCCCUUUCCCUGCCCCAUACAGAGGAGUCUGCAUCUGUGCUGUGGGACCUGAAAAAGGAAGCAGAAAACAAGUUUAAUUAUCCACAUCAUGGCGAGGUGCCGCCACCACUCAGGCUAUCUGGCUGAUGAUGAGGCUGCGCACAGCACCUAUGUGGCUCGGCUGCCCAAGAAGUAUCUGUUGCCAGAAAUGAAGCCAACCUGCAAGCUUGGGCGUGUGCCACACCUACCAUCAAUGAACCGAUGCUCGGAGCGCCAGGGCCACCAGCAGAGCCUUAGGCGCCCUCAGGCGUUUGGUGGCUUCCUGGACUUCCUCACAGAGGGUCAGGUACUGGACAGCUUGCAGACGGUUGUGGAGCAGGCGACAGAGCGCUUAGCCGCCAUGAAGACAGAGGCCGGAGUGCCGCUGGUGGAUAUACAAGACCCAGUGGAGGAGCCUUGUAGUAGGCAUCGGUCUCGAGGCAGACCCAGCAUCAGCACUGUGCACCGGCACCGUGCUCGGCCCACUCUGUGUGCGGGGCGUCCAAACAAUUACCCAUCUUGCUCCAGCUCCAUGUCUGACUCCCAUAGCAGCAUCACAGCGGGAUGGCUGGGGUCCCACAGCCAAGACAGUGACCUGGGUGCCAGAGGCAUAGGCUCACUGCCACCUAUGAGGGACAAACUCCUGCUUGAGAAAAACCUCAAGAGGCUACUGCGACUGGAAAACAAAGGGAAAGUCCUGAAUCAACCGUGCUCCCAGAGGGACUCCCUGCUGUGGGACUCGCUGGGCAGCCAGACCAGCAGUCAGUGGACCCGGGAGCAGCCUCUGUCUUGGUUCUCUGGGCUAUUGGGCUCCAGUUCAGUCACCCCUGAAACUUCAGAGCUGGGACUCGGAGAACAGGAGAUGAUUUUCCUCAGACAAGAGUUAAACAAGGAGAUGAAAUCACUGCUGAACCAACCAGCAUCCUUCAAUCUGCCUGCCUAUUGUCCACUCAGGGAACCCCAUCGUACCCUGGACUUCCUGGCCGAGCAUCGCCUCUUUCCUGCCCUGCAGCGUGUAGUCAGCCAGGCCGUAGACAAACUCAGCCACGCCUGCCGCCACAAUGGCUUCCCCCUCUUCCCUGUUACGUCAGAGACCACUCCAGUGCUGCCCGGGAACUCUGAUCUUCUGCAGCCCAGCUCUAAGGCUUCUAUACCCACCGACAGGGAGGCCAGGGGAGAGCCUUGUGAUUCUCCUACUCCAAUCUCCAGCCCUAAGACAUCUCGCAAAAAAAGCAGGGGCAGAAGGGACUCCCCAUCUGCAGUCCAGAUGGCUACCAGAUUCAGGCUCAAGAGCCCCAACACCAAGUUCUCGAAGAAGAAGCCUCUGCCCUCCAUUUCAUCUGUGUCCAGCUUGUCGUACAUCUCUAACCCCUGGUUUGAGGAGCUCACUAACUUCCUGGUUGAACAGGCAGUCUCCUUGCUUGUCUGCAAGCACAAGUUUGAGGAAAGCCUCAAUAAGCAACUUGGCUUCAUCUCCUUCCCUAUCACUGAGGUUCUCAUGGACAUUUUCCUGGGCUUCAAGAAGGUGAAGGGCACUCACAUCCGCCUGUCCUCAGACAUCAACUGGACCUGCCUUCUGCGGAAGCUGGAAGAAGCUGAGUUGGCACGGCAGGCCCUAAGACAUGCCUCCAGGUCAGGAGCCUCUCCACGUAGUGGCUCCCGUAUUGGCACCUCCCAGCACAGCACAGAACCCUCCUCCAUGCAACCAGAGCUUACUGGUGACACAGAUCAGGACCAGUCUCUAGAGUCUCACCUCUCCCUUCGCCCUGAGUUGCCAAUCCGCCAGCUACUCAGCCCUCGGGAUCCUGGAACAGGCCAGGAACAGACACCCAACAUGAACCUGUCAGAGACCAGGUCCUCUAUGAUCCCCAGUGCCAGUGUGGGCUCUAGACUGCCCAAGUCCAAGGAAGUGGUGAACAUGGAAGAGGGUGAGGACAUUGAAGAGGAGGAAGAGGAAGAGGAGGAGGAAGACGAGGAAGAGGAGGAGGAGGACAGAGGAAGUGAGGAUGAAACCAAGGAUCUUUCUGAGGAUGAGCACACGCCUCCUAGCCCGCCUUCGCAUGAGUUGGAGGACUUUAUGAAUCCAGUCACUGUAAUUAGCCCCCCUGACUCCCCAUGAGACCUCUGUAAGCCACACAGAGUACUCCAGUCCUUGUCUCCUCCUGUGCUAUCCAAGUAGCUGGCCACCCAGCCAGCCCCUGUCCUGAGUGGGGGUCAGGAUGACUGGCUGCUCAGGAGGAGUU